CACCAUCACUAUACAAUACACAAGUACCUGAAGAACAUGAGAGCUGGAAAUUUAACAGAGAAAAAAAAAAGCUGAUACCAAACCCAAAGAAAUCUAACCAAAAAAGUCCUUUCCUUUCCCUUCCUCUCAUCUCCCUCCAUCUUUGCUUCUCCUCUUUGGAUUUAUAUUAAACAAGAAAAGGUUUUCAUUUGUUGCAAAGUUUAUCCAUGUUGCCCAAUACCUCUUGUCCUUCACUUCCUUCUUCGGAGCCAUUUGCUUGCUUUGAGAAUGGUAAUCAUAACAACAAGAGAAAACGAAGACCUGCAGGAACACCAGAUCCAGAUGCAGAAGUGGUUUCUCUUUCGCCAAAGACGUUACUGGAAUCGGAUCGUUAUGUUUGCGAGAUCUGCAACCAAGGGUUCCAGAGGGACCAAAACCUACAGAUGCACCGGCGGCGACACAAGGUUCCGUGGAAGUUGCUGAAGAGAGAAACUCCGGUGGUGAGGAAAAGGGUGUUCGUUUGCCCCGAGCCUAGUUGCUUGCACCACGAUCCUUGUCAUGCUCUAGGUGAUCUGGUUGGGAUCAAGAAGCACUUCAGGAGAAAACACAGUAAUCACAAGCAAUGGGUGUGCCAGAAAUGCUCAAAGGCAUAUGCUGUUCAAUCUGAUUACAAGGCCCAUCUUAAAACCUGCGGCACCCGAGGUCAUUCUUGCGACUGUGGCAGAGUUUUCUCAAGAGUUGAGAGUUUCAUAGAACAUCAAGAUGCUUGCCAUAUCCGGUCCGGAUCGCAAGAAGUACAGCGGGCUUGCUUGUCUCGAACCGCUUCAAGCCCCAGUCCAUCUAGUGAGACCAUGUUCUUCAGCCCUACGAAACAUAAUCUGGAACUUCAACUCUUAACCACAUCAAGGGAGCCCUGUGUGCCGCAUACAUCGACAGAUGAUAAUCAUUCCACUCAGUUACAGCUCUCGAUCGGAUCGUCCAAUAUAGGCGAGAAAACCGAACCGACUGUGACUUGUACGAACAAGGAAAACAAUGCUCACGAGCAGUUAAAGCUGGCGAUGGCGGAGAAAGCUUACGCCAAAGAGGCGAGACAGCAAGCGAAAAGGCUGAUCGAAUUAGCCGAGCAAGAGUUUGCCAAGGCGAAGAGACUAAGACAACAAGCACAGGCAGAAUUAGAGAAGGCUCAAGCGUUGAGAGAUCAUGCGAUGAAGCAAAUCAACAACACCAUUCUUCAGAUCACUUGCCAUGCCUGCAAGCAGCAACUUCAAGAAACAAGUACAACUCCCGAUGCCAACUCUCUUGUUGUGAGUUACAUUUCAUCAGCUAUUACAGGAACCGGUUGAACAAUUCGAACAAAUUUUACUAACACAUUAAACAAUGGUUUGUUUUGAUGUUCUAGUGAUGAUAUACCAAAAAGGGUUGCUUUUUAUAAUCUAAAGUUGAUUAGUGAAUUGUUUGUAUCCUGCAUUUUGUGUGAUAUGAUUUGUUCAUUGAUUUGGUUAAAUGAAAAGCUUGGA